UCUAGCUCUAAACCGGCGUCGCCCCACCGCAUCUCAUUAGUUUUUUCUCUCUCUCAGACCAGAACUUAGUCCUUUUAAACCGUCCAGAUCCAUCUCCUGCCCCCCCCACUCAAUCAAUCACACUUGUAAUGGCUUCUUCUUCUUCUUGUCUGAAUCUCCUCGUCUUCUCCUUCCUCUCCGUUCUACUCAUUACUAAAUCACAGAUCUCUGAUUCGGUCAACGGUGUCGUUUUCCCUGUUACUGGAGACCUUUCAACAGGUCAAUACCUCGCAGAGAUUCGCCUUGGUGACUCGCCGGAGCCCGUUAAGCUCGUCGUUGAUCUCUCCGGUCCGCUUCUAUGGUUCGAUUGCUCCUCCGGACACAUCUCCUCGUCGCGAAGUCUGGUCUCAGGAAGCUCAAGCGGCUGUCUGAAAGCCAAAGCUGGGAACGACAGAGUUACAUCGCGGGGAGACCAUAACACUGAAUGCGAUUUACUUGUCCGAAACGGCGUCGUCGGGAUUACGGCGAGAGGAGAGCUCGCAACAGACGUCUUGUCACUCGGAUCUGUUUCUUCUCAGGGAACCGUUGAUCUACUCUUCGCCUGUGCUCCUCCCUUGCUGUUACGUGGACUCGCUAGUGGAGGUAAAGGAGUUAUGGGCCUUUCCAAGGCCCAAAUCUCUCUCCCUUCCCAACUCGCCGCGGAAACUAACGAACGCCGCCGUUUAACUGUUUAUCUCUCGCCGUCGAACGGCGUCGUGUCAACGAAUUCGGUGGAGGAUUUGUUCGGAACGGCAGCGUCUAGCUCUCUGGUCUACACGCCACUGUCUACAAGCACGAGCGGCGAUUACGUAAUUAACGUGAAAUCCAUCAGAGUCAACGGGAAGAAGCUCUCCUUGGAGGGUCCGUUAUCGGCGGAGCUAAGCACGGUGGUCCCUUACACGACGCUGGAGAGCUCGAUAUACGAGUUGUUUGCGGAAGCUUACGUUAAAGCUGCGACAAACGCUAAAUCGGUAGCUCCGGUGGCACCGUUCGGUCUCUGCUUCACGAGCACGUCUUCGGCUGAGGUGGAGUUUCCGGCGGUUGAACUCGCGUUGCAGAGCGAGAUGGUGAGGUGGAGGAUUCAGGGGAAGAAUCUGUUGGUGGAUGCUGGUGGUGGAGUCCAGUGCUUGGGUGUUGUAAACGGCGGGUCUAAUUCUAACCGGGUCAGCCCGAUUAUAAUGGGUGGGUUACAGUUGGAAGGCUUUGUAUUGGACUUUGAUUUGGGUAACUCGGCGAUGGGGUUUGGAGAAAGGACACGAUCUAGUUCAGAUUCCUUCCGACAAGAAGCUUUCUAGUAAAAAAUAAAAUUGUUUAUUGUCAGUUUUUCGCUCUUUGUUUGUUGUGUGUUUGACACAAGAGUACCGUUUCUUACCUGAGUUACUGUAAGCAACUCUACUUAUUUACACUAAUAUGGUUUGUUGGUUGUGAUAUACAUAAA